CCUUGCACCGGUCCUUUUCAGCGGUGGCAGGCGUUCUUGGCCGGCCGCGAUUAACUUGUUAUAGAUGACGAUGUUAUCGCGAACAACUGUCGGCAUUGCAGCCGUGUGUGGUACCCUGUUUAUGGGGUACUGCAUUUAUUUUGACAGGAAGAGAAGAAGUGCACCAGAUUUCAAGAAGAAGCUUCGUGAGAAGCGUCGGAAGCAGGGCAGCCGGUCGGCGCCAGGCGGCUCCUCGCAGCUGCCCGACCUGCGCUCCCAGGAGGCCGUGCAAAGCUUUUUCAUGCAGGAGGUACAGCUGGGUGAGGAGCUGCUGGCGCAGGGCGAGCUGGAGGCCGGCGUGGAGCACCUCUGCAACGCGGUGGCCGUGUGUCACCAGCCACAGCAGCUGCUGCAGGUGCUACAGCAGACGGUGCCACCGCAGGUGUUCCAGCUUCUGCUGCAGCGGCUGCCGCUGGCUGGACAGCGCCUGGCCGCCUCGGCAGCCGCCAAGGAGGCGGCCAUCACCGAGGACGAUGUGGAGUGAGGGCCGGCAGCGUCCGUCUGGCCCUGCACCGGGGCCAGGCGCAGCGGCUGGCGACGUGACGACGCCAGCAGCUGGCGCCAGGACCGGCCGAGCCUGGCCCCGUGCGAGUGCGCGCGCAAGUGUCUGCGGAUGACGGCGCGAGGAUGAAAGUGGGCGACUGUGGUCUUGUGAGGCGCCGGCGACUGCAUGGGUGUGGGACUGAGUAGCUGACUGAGAGCGUUUUCUAACGAGUGUGCUUCGGUUGCCUAGUCAUGUGGGGUUGUAUCGAAUUCGUCACAGGCAUUACAUAGAGUUUUACA